AUGGCUGAGAUCGUCUCCGCCAUUCCCACCAGCGGCGGGCCAUACUUCUGGGCCGCGACGCUGGCGCCGAAGCAGCACGCCCCGUUUCUGUCGUGGGUGACGGGGUGGUUUAAUUUUGUUGGGCAGUUCGCAGUAACAACAGGCAUCAGCUUCGGCUGCGCAGGGCUAAUCGCCACCGCCGCGUCCAUCAAGACGGGAUACACAGCUACACCAGGCCAGACGCUGGGAAUCUACGCGGCCAUCCUCGUCAGCCACGGCAUGGUCAAUACCUUUGGGGUGCGCGUGCUGAAGUACCUGAACAAUUCGUCCAUCAUCCUACACAGUCUCGGCGUGGGGAGUCUGGCGAUUGCGGUUGUCGCGAAGGCGCCGACGCACCGUUCGGCGGCGGAGGUGUUUCAGCAUUUUUACGAUGGAACUGGCUCCUCGCCGUCUAUUGGCUGGUCGGUGCGCGCGUCGCCUGCGUAUGUCGCUAUCUGCGGGAUCCUGCUCAGUCAAUAUACCAUCACAGACAUCUGUCCUGACAAGCUGCCAGGCUUCGACGCCUCCGCGCACCUCUCCGAAGAAACCCACCGCGCAGCAUGGAGCGCCCCAAUCGGUGUUCUAAUGAGCAUCAGCGUCUCCGCGAUCUUCGGCUUCUUCCUGCUUCUGUGCCUGCUCUUCUCAAUUCAAGACUUCUCCGCCACUAUCGACCCGAGCCAGAACUACGGCGAGCCCGUAUUCAAGAUCCUGGUCGACGUGUUCGGCGCGGACGGCGCGCUCGUGCUCAUCGCGCUCAUCAUCCUCUGCGUCUGGCACUGCGGGCUCUUCAGCCUGACGAGCAAUAGCCGGAUGAUGUUCGCGUUUUCGCGCGACGGCGCGCUGCCGCGAUUCUUCGACCACGUCGACAAGAAGUAUCACAGCCCGACGCGCACCGUCUGGCUGGCGGCCUUUCUGGCCUUCUGUCUCAGUCUGCCCUCGCUGGGCAGUGAGGUGGCCUUUUCCGCGGCCACGAGCAUCGCCACGAUAGGCCUGUAUAUCAGCUAUGCGCUGCCGAUCGCUAUUGCGGUCGUCUGGCCAGGAGGGUUCGUCAAGGGGCCGUUUGAUCUGGGCGUGUUGUCGUGGCCCGUUGGUGUCGUUGCUGUUGGUUGGGUCCUCUUCAUUACAGUCGUGUUCUGCCUCCCAACCGCAAACCCCGUCACGUCGCAGACGCUGAAUUACACCCCCGUGGCGGUCGGCAUUGUUGCCGUCGCGACCCUGUCCUCGUGGGUGCUGUGGGCGCGGCGAUGGUUCCAGGGGCCCAUGCGGCAGGUUGAUAUUGAUCAGGCGGAGUCACCUGCAGAGGUGGAGGGGGUUGUCACUCAGGUGGAGAAGAAGUAA